GAGUAUUUGCCAAGCCCGAGCUUCAGUUAUGGUCUAUGACGAUACCAGUAAGAAAUGGGUGCCAAUCAAACCUGGACAGCAGGGAUUCAGCAGAAUCAACAUAUACCACAACACGGCCACUAACACCUUCAGAGUAGUUGGAGUUAAACUGCAAGAUCAGCAAGUAGUGAUUAAUUACUCAAUUGUGAAAGGAUUGAAGUACAAUCAAGCAACACCUACCUUUCAUCAAUGGCGCGACGCACGGCAGGUCUAUGGCUUGAAUUUUGCGAGCAAAGAAGAGGCCACCACGUUCUCCAAUGCAAUGCUGUUUGCUCUGAAUAUCAUGAACUCACAAGAUGGAGGUCCAGCUGCCCAGCGCCAGGUCCAGAAUGGGCCAUCUCCAGACGAGAUGGAAGCACAAAGAAGACAAGUGAUGGAGCAACAGCAACAGCGCCAGGAAUCUCUGGAAAGAAGAACCUCUACCACAGUUUCCACCCAUCAGAUAAGCGUGUGCUCUCCCCACUCUGAGCCCCAGUCUCCUCCUCCCACCUGCAGUAACUGUGGUGCUCCUGCCUCUGGUGCUGUGCCCCCACCACCACCUCAUGCCAGCGCUGUCUCUUCGGCACCCACUGUCCCUGAGCCUACUAGUCCAUCCUCUUUCAGACGCCUGUGGAGAGCCAAAGAAACACCGCAGCUCCUGCACAGGCACUCAGCCUCCGAGCUGCCAACAGGCCCAGGUUCCCCCCCUGCAGCCUGCCCAAACCUCAGGACUGUAAUGCCAGGCAUCAGGCGAACCUCACUGUCUCCACCACCUCCCCAUCCUUCCUGCUUCCCCUGUGCCUCUCACCAGCCUCUCAGGCGCCUUUCUCUUUCAUGCUCUCCUUGGUCUUCUUCCUCUGCUACAAAUGCACCACCUGUGCAGGGGGGUGAUAUCCUGCAGCCACGAGGUCCCACCAUCCUGCCUUUGAUUCCUGCCCUGCCUGAGAGGAUCAAGGGACCCAGAGAUAAAGCAAGCCAAGAGUCCUUGGCAAAUGUACCUCUGAAUGGCCAUCCUGAAGACCAAAUUGCUUUAGGCCCCUCUGGGACCCAGGUGAAAAGUGUGGAUGGGUCCUUCUUUCCACACCUAGGAGCUGCACCCUCUUCCCUACUGCCCACCAUCACCAGCCCCUCCAGCUCCUUUGGCCAGGCUCCCUCCCCGUCCUCCCAACCACCAACACGUCCUCCACAGCAGUGGUAUCAGCCCGUGUCACACUGUCUUCCAUUGCCUUCCCCUUACGCUGCUGUAUCUGAGGUGACUAUGCCCAGGAGGACCCCUCCUUACAUGACUUCAUCAGCCAUUGCCCACUUGAGCCCAGCACUUCCACCUGGUCAUCCCAGUGGCGCUGCUGUGAUCCCCACUUCGUCCGGGGGUCCCCCACCUCCGCCACCCCCCCCAGUCCCUCCGCCGCCCAUGGGAGCUGCGCCCCCCCCACCUCCCCCACUGCCGCUGGCUGGUGCCAAACUAAGGAGAGUACAACGGCCAGAAGAUGGUUCAGGAGGGUCCAGCCCCAGUGGAGUCUCUAAGAGUGAUGCCAAUCGAACAAGUAGUGGAGGAGGCGGAGGAGGACUAAUGGAAGAAAUGAAUAAAUUGCUGGCAAAAAG